AUGGAACUCGAGAAACAGGAAUUCGCCGAGACUACGGUGCAAGACGUCGAGUCUGGCGCUUUGAAAAACGUCAAGCCUAGAGAUGCGGAUUUGGCUCUCGGAGUCUAUGAGUUGGAUGUCACUGAAGCUGAGAUCGCCGCCGUCGACCACCAGAAACUUGUCCGAAAGAUCGAUCUACGACUGAUUCCAAUUAUGACGGCGGUCAUUACUCUCUUCACAAUGGAUAAAGCUACUCUGUCCUACUCGUCAAUCAUGGGAAUCCGGCACGAUGCGCAUUUAACGUCGAAUGAGUAUUCCUGGCUGGGAAGUAUCUUCAGUCUGGGUUACAUGUUUGCAAACCUCCCAUGUGCUCUGAUCAUUCAGAAAGUUCCGCUGUCCAAAUGGGUUGUCGUAAACAUGUCAAUCUGGGGCGUGCUACUGGCUUGUAUGGCUGCUGGCAAGAAUUAUGGCUCCUUGUUUGCUAUCAGGCUGCUUCUCGGGAUCUUCGAGGCCAGUAUAACUCCUGUUUUUGUGAUCAUGACUGGAAUGUGGUAUACUCGUGCAGAACAAGCUGCUCGUCUCGGUCUUUGGUACUCUGGGGUCGGUCUAGCUACAAUAAUUGGCUCCCCGAUUGCCUGGGGAUUGGACAGUCCCUCGGCGUCUACCGGUAGCCUCUCAAGUUGGCAGCUCCUCUACGUCGUCUUUGGCGCAAUAACCGUUGCUUUGGCCAUCUGCUUCUACUUUACAGUCCCAGAUUCCCAGCUUUCCGCCAAGUUCCUCACGCCAGCCGAACGAGUGGUAGCAAUCAACCGAAUCAGAGUCAACCAACAAGGAAUUGGAAACCGGAAGUUCAAGGCCUAUCAAGCAAUAGAGCUUCUGAAGGAUCCUCGAACGUACCUGUACUUUGCCUUUCAGUUCAUUGCAAACAUAGGAUAUGGAGCGGUCGGCACAUUUGGAUCGUUGAUGCUUGUCUCUCUCGGCUUCGAGUCACGAAGAGCUCUAAUCAUGACUAUGCCUCAUGGGGCGACGACUUUGGUUGGCGUUAUAGUUACGUGCUACUUUGCUUCGAAAAUGAAUGAUCGCACACUAUGGGCUGGUGUCUCUGCCAUGUUUGGCAUCGUGUUUGGUGCAUGUCUCUACGGCCUGGAAGACAACAAGUGGGGAUCAAUCAUCGCUUUCUACUUCCAACAAGUUUUCGUCGCUGCCUACAUCCUGAACUUUAGCCUCGUCAGCGCCAACUCCGCUGGACACACCAAGAAAGUCCUCACAAACUGCGUGUUGCUGCUCGGUUCCACUAGUGGUAGCAUGACUGGACCACAGAUCACCAAGAAUGAUCCCACAUACAAGAAAGUGAAGCUCGUGAUGAUGCUGGCCCCGACAAUUUGCCUAUUGAUCCUGGCAUGUAUUCGUCUGCUCAAUAUUUUGGAGAACCGUCGACGAGACAAGUCGGAGUCGCGAAAUGAGCAUGUUGCUAACAGCGAGUUCUUGGAUUUGACUGAUGGUGAGAACAAGGAGUUUAGACGAAAAGCCCAAGUAAUGAAAUUCAUGUCUUUCCAAGAACCGCCCCAAGAAUGCCCGCGUUUCACGGCGACUCCCGAGUCACUCCUCCGGGAUACCAAACUGCUUAUCCAGCAGACAAAAGAGGUUCAAGAUCAGCUGUCCAAAACUGUGAAACCCGAGACAGUAACUUUUCAAAAUGUAUUGUUGCCCUUGAUUCAGAAUGAACAUAAAGUCGAACUAGAGAAAAAUAUCUUGAACUUCUACCAGAACGUUUCGGUGGAUUCCAACCUGCGGGAAGCGUCUCGAGAGGCGGAGAAACUGUUUGAAGCCUCGGAGAUAGAAACGUUUACGCGUGAGGACUUGCAUUGUCUAACGGAUGCUGUGGUGAUGAAUAGUAAGGAGGGCGAUUUGGAUCUCGAGUCUCAAAGAUUGCUGGAGCAGGUCCAUCGGAAAUUCGUCUACAAUGGUCUCGGUCUUCCCAAGGGCGAACCACGGACUAGGUUCGCAGAACUCCAGACACGACUGUCAGAACUCCGACUGAAAUUUGACGAGAAUCGAAAUGAAGAAAAUGGAGGAAUCUGGCUUACUCGUGAUGAGCUAGACGGGGUUCCUCAAGAUGUCCUUGACGGGCUUGAGAAGGACAAAGAUGACCCGAACAAGCUGCGCGCGACUUUCCAGUGGGCUGAUUUCAUCCCAAUUCAGAGCUAUGCGAAAACCAGCGAGACUCGGAAACGAAUAUUCCUCGGGUUUGAAAAUCAAUGUACUCAGAACGUGCCGAUUAUGAAAGAGAUAUUUGUGCUCCGGGAUGAAGUUGCACGUCUGCUUGGAGUUCCUGGAAGACCUGCGAUCUGGCCAUUCGCAAAACGCCCUCGAGGAGAUCAGUUCUCUUUUGAUGCCUUCAAGUUUGCAGAGUAUUUCUCCCUUGACACCACGGUUCGCGGUAUGCUUGAAAUUUUCGAGAGCCUCCUCGGUCUUGUGUUUCUGGAGGACGACGGUACAGAUAGAGAUAAGUACUGGCACGACGAUGUGAAGCUUUUCCACGUCUGGGAUUCCGAACUCAGGGGCGGUGGCUUUGUCGGGUAUCUCUAUAUGGACCUGCACCCUCGCCAGGGCAAAUAUAAUAACCCAUCAAAUCAUAAUUUACAGCCGGGCUUUCUCGAUGCCAACGGGGUUCGCAGGUAUCCAGCCACAGCCCUCCGAUGCGGCUUCUCCAAACCCACGCCCAAGAAACCCAGUCUGCUGAAGCACAGCGAGGUCGUGCUGCUUUUCCAUGAGUUAGGACAUGGAAUCCACGAUCUUGUGUCUCAAACAAAAUACGCUCGUUUCCAUGGAACACGGCUGGUGGACGACUUUUGCGAGACUCCGAGUAUCCUGCUCGAGAAUUGGUGUUGGAGCGCAUCAGUUCUGGAAUCUCUCAGCCAGCAUUACUCAACUCUGUCACCUGAAUAUCUGCAAAUAUGGAAGGAAGAAGCCGGCGGAGAGAAUGUGCCUCCGCCGCCCACGAAAUUACCCAACGAGAUGAUCGAGAGUGUCAUUCGGACCAGGAUGGUCAAUUCCGCCUUGGUCAAGCUGCGUGUUCUGCACAUUGCGCUUUUUGACAUGGCUGUGCAUACGCCUCGAUCUCAUCAGGAUAUUGUGGACAUGAAUAUUUCAGAACUCUAUAAUCGUCUAUGGGUACAGGUUGUCGGAUUCGAUGGGCCUGAGGACCAAGGCCAUGAAUGGGGCCACGGUGAAGCCACUAUGGGCCACAUCGUCGAUGGAUAUGAUGUCGGGUUCUAUGGUUACCUACUUUCCGAAGUCUAUGCACUAGACAUAUUUCAUAGUUUCUUCAAGGCCGACCCAAUGAACGCCAUCGAGGGCCAUCGAUAUCGAGAUACUCUCUUAAAGAAAGGAGGUAGUCAGGAUGAAAUGAAACUCUAUAAGCUACCUGGUAAUCAAUGGUUUACGUAG